UAGCGGGGCACUGGGACAGCGGGGCACCGGGACAGCGGGGCACCGGGACAGCGGGAUAGCGGGGCACCGGGACAGCGGGGCGCAGGUUCGAGUAACUCGUAAUGAACAGGAUCACUGGCACAUGCAAUGGAAGAGGGCAAGGUUGAAGAUGUGCAGGAUGUUCUACGACUGAAUGUGCGAGGCUGUUUAUACACAGCCAGGCGUGAGUCUCUGUGCCGCUUCAAGGAUUCCAUGCUGGCUUCCAUGUUUAGUGGACGCUUUCCUCUGAAAGUGGAUGAAUCGGGAGCAUGUCUAAUUGAUCGAGAUGGAAACCUCUUUAAAUAUCUUUUGGAUUAUCUUCAUGGAGAAGUUCAGAUUCCUGGAGAUGAAAAAAUUCGAACUGCACUGCAGGAGGAAGCAGAUUAUUUUGGAAUCCCUUAUCCAUACAGUCUGUCUGAUCAUUUGGCCAAUGAAAUGGAGACAUACUCUUCCAGGUCCAAUAUAGAGCUUAAAAAGGCUUUAUUUGAUUUCUGUGAUUCUUACAAUUUAGUUUGUACCAAGCCUACAGUUUGGGUCCUGCACUAUCUCAACACUUCUGGAGCAAGCUGUGAAAGUAAAAUUAUUGGUGUGUAUGCCACAAGAGCUGAUGGGACUGAUGCCAUUAAUAAGGCGCUGGGAAUGAAAAUUCACAGUAAAAGCAUGUACAAAAGAGAAGCUGGAAAUAACAUCCAAUACAUCUGGAGCUAUUACUCAGUUGCUGAGCUGAAAAAGAUGAUGGACGCUUUUGAUGCCUGGGAAGGGAGAGGUGUCAGCUACUGGAGAGUGCCUCAGGAGUUGAUUGAAUGUUGGACUCUGGAAGAACGCCCUCUGAGAAGCAGUUUGCAUCAUAUGCCUCCAGUUUAUAAAAGACGAUUAAUUGACUGUACUGAAGUGGAAGGCUGUUUACCAUGUAAAGUGGGUCCCCAGCCAAUUAGGUUCUCAGGUCCCUCCACAAGUACCCACAUAAAAGUCAAGAAUUCAUCCUCAUUAAAGGUAGCUACUUGCAAUGCUUCACGUUCUGCAGCAAUUCUUAAACGACCCCACAGUGAAAGUCUGAUGCCGCACAAAGAAGCUUCUGAAACCAGAUCCACAAAAUGCACAUCAUUGCCCAGCAAGUCCCAGGCUCCCUGUGGAAGGCAGAGUGCUGGCAAGGGAACACUGAGCCAAAUGCCAUUCCAAGCUGCAGGGAGUAAGAAGCCUGUGAAGAGUCGUGCAGUGAAGCUGAAAAGGACUCCGCUUUUUCUUGUGAUACCAUCUCCGCCACCUUCUUCUGCAUCCAGUGAAACAGGUGACCAGGACAGUGUUGCUGUUGAAAUGCCUACUACUUCUACAGUACUAAACAAGAAGGAACCAUCUGUAUUAGCAGAAAGUAUUACACAUAAGAAUGAUAAAGUGGAUGGAUAAUGUUUGACUCAGUCUGACAGACUGGACAGCUCUACAUUAUAGAGAUCAUUAUCUCAUGUGAUUUUUAUUCAAAGAUUAGGAAGAAAAUUGUGAUAAAAAAGAUAAUGAAAAGCACAGGAAGAAAUUGUUUAAAGUGAGAA